UUUCAGACCAAGAAAGCAAUGGCGCCGACGAUCCUUCUUGUUUUCUUGCUUCUCAUGAAUUUCUUCCCAUCUUUAACCUUAUCCGAAAGCACCUCCUUUGGUUUCCCAUCUUUCACUUUCAGGAACCUCACCCUUCUUGGUGAUUCCCAUCUCAAAAACGGCGUGAUCGGCCUCACCAGGGAGAUCGGUGUUCCGUCUUCGAGCUCAGGCAGCCUCAUCUACGAAAACCCAAUCCGUUUCUUCGAUCAAGAAUCCAAUACCACGGCUUCUUUUUCGACGAGUUUCUCUUUUUCCAUCAACAAUCUCAACUCCGGCUCUUUCGGCGACGGCUUAACGUUUUUCCUUUCCCCUGAUAACCAAACUCUCGGCAGUCCCGGAGGGUAUCUUGGCCUCGUCAACUCUUCACAGCCGAAAAAGAACAAAUUUUUAGCCAUCGAAUUUGAUACCAGGCUCGAUACUGAAUUCAAUGAUCCAAAUGGGAACCAUGUCGGUUUGGAUAUCGACGAGCUCGAUUCGAUCAUCACGGCCGACGCUGUGUUGCAGAACAUUGAUUUGAAGAGUGGGAAUUUGAUCACGGCUUGGAUUGAUUACAAGAAUGAUUUGAGGGUUUUUAAUGUGUUCUUGAGUUAUUCGACUUUAAAGCCUCCAACGCCAUUGUUAUCUGUGGAUAUUGACUUGUCUCACUAUCUUAAUGAUGAUAUGUUCGUUGGUUUUUCGGCUUCAACAGAAGGGAGUACUGAAGUUCAUUUGAUUCAUAGUUGGCGUUUCAAGACUUUCGGUUUCCUUCCCGUGAGACCGAAAUCGCAUCCUCAUAAUGUAUCCGACAGUACGGUGACAGUAAUAUCAGAACUUCCUGUAUCAAAUUCAACCAAAAAACACCAUAACAGGCUUGGUUUAGGACUUGGCAUUGCAGGUCCGGCGUUCUUCUUUGUGGUUCUUGCCGUUUUCAGUUAUGUUUCUGUGAAGAAAUGGAAGGAUAUGAGAGUAGAAAAGGGUCUGAAAGCAGGAAUUUUAACAGGGCCAAGUGAGUUUAGUUACAGAGAACUAUAUGUAGCCACAAGAGGGUUUCACUCAAGUCGAAUCAUUGGAAGCGGUGCGUUCGGAAAUGUUUACAAGGCCAUUUUCGUAUCUUCGGGGGUCGUCGGAGCGGUGAAACGAUCCAAACAUUCCCACGAAGGGAAAACUGAGUUCCUGGCUGAACUGUCCAUUAUAGCUGGUUUGAGGCACAAGAAUCUGGUUCAGCUACAAGGUUGGUGUGCUGAGAAGGGAGAACUGUUGCUUGUUUAUGAGUUUAUGCCUAAUGGAAGCCUUGACAAGGUGCUUCAUCCGGAACCCGAGAAUGACAUAUUGCUGACAUGGUCCCAUAGACAGAAUAUUGCUAUUGGGUUGGCCUCUGUCUUAGCAUACCUGCACCAAGAAUGUGAACAACAAGUCAUUCACAGAGACAUUAAGACAAGUAAUAUAAUGCUUGAUGGCAACUUUAAUCCAAGACUCGGUGAUUUCGGUUUGGCAAGGUUGAUGGAUCACGACAAGAGCCCUGUUUCGACACUUACUGCAGGAACUAUGGGCUACCUUGCUCCCGAGUAUCUUCAGUACGGGAAAGCAACCGAGAAAACCGAUGUUUUCAGUUACGGUGUCGUUAUUCUUGAAGUAGCUUGUGGUAGGAGGCCAAUUGAGAGGGAAGUAAACCGCCAGAAACUGGUGAAUUUGGUUGACUGGGUUUGGGGAUUGCAUGGUGAGGGUAGGAUCGUUGAAGCCGCCGAUAAAAGGUUGAAUGGGGAUUUCAAAGAGGAAGAAAUGAGGAAGCUGCUGCUUGUAGGUUUGAGCUGUGCACACCCUGAUAGUGCUGAGAGGCCUUCAAUCAGGAGAGUCCUUCAGAUCCUUAACAAUGAGGUGGAUCUAAUAGCCGUACCAAAGACAAAACCGAGUCUGGUUUUCUCUUGCAGCUUAACCGUUGAAGACAUUGUCUCAGAUGAUGAAGAAAGCAAAACAACUGCUUGAAGGCUGGGGAGGGAUCCAAAGCUGAUUUUAGAUUUAUUUUCAUUUUUCUAACAUUUAGAAUUCAUUGAUUGCUUGAUUCUUUAAGACCAACAUUAUAGCAUUAGUUCAGUUUAGUUUGCUA